AUGCCGAAGGUAAAAGGAAAAUCCAUCACACGGAACCAUUUCGAAAAAAUUGAUAAUGAUACUGCCAAAUGUAAACUAUGCGAAAAAAUAAUUAAGGUUGGUGGUGGAACUUCUAAUAUGUUCGCUCAUUUAAAAAGACACCAUCCGCAGGCUACAGUGGAAAUGCAGGGGAAUGUUGCAGGUGAACAGUCCAAUAACCUAUCCGCCUUAGGACAAACUAAGCAAGAACAAUCUUUGAACAUUUCAAAAACUCCUCUGCUCCAAACUACAUUAAAAGUGACCUUGGUCAAUAAUAAGAAAAAUAUUGAUAAAUAUUUAACCAUGAUGAUCGCUACGGACUUCCAGCCCUUUUCGAUUGUUGAAGACAGAGGAUUAACAGGUUCACAGAAGUUUUGA